UCGAGACAGCCUUUCCGUAAUUCAGAGCUUUCUGGAUAACAGGUUUAAGGAUAAAGGUACCUGUAUUGUGACAUUUGGUGACAUUUAGUGCUUAUGUUUUAGUGCAUUUAGACUAUUUUUUGUUUGGUUAGGACAAUAUUUUAAUAUAAGCAUUUGAUUCAGGAGUAUUGUUACAUCAUGUGGUCAGGGACUCUAUACACAGCUUGUAGGUGGGUCAUGUGAUGUUUACAUCUACAGGUGCAGAUGAUGUCACAAUGCCCCAACAUCCUGGUCUUGGAUGUCCAGCUUGUAAUUACAGGUGGGUCAUGUGAUGUUUACACAGGUGCAGAUGAUGAUGUCAUAAUUGACUUAUGAUGUCAUAAUGCCCCAACAUCGUGGUUUUAGUUGUACAGCUUGAUUUUCCAGGUGGUCAUGUGAUGUUUACACAGCUGCAGAUGGUGAUGUCAUAAUGUCCCAACAUCUAGGUCUUGACUGGCCAGAUUGUUGACAGAUCAGUUGGUGUUCAGUCGCAGUAGAGUUAACAGCUCUGCUGCUUUUGUCAUCAACUAUCUUAGUUUGUGCCAGUGUUAUUACUGUGUACCAAACUUCAUCAGAUUUAAACUUUUUUAGACUUUUAUCACAUUUCAUCAAACUUCAUCAGACUUAAACUUCAUUAGAUUUUCAUCAAAUUUCAUCAAAAGAAUUGACAUUUAAUCAAGUAAGUGCUCGGCUUUCUAUGUCCAGGGAAGUAGUGUGAGAGCCUAUAUUGUGGCCCGCACCUUAGUUCUACUUAUAGGAUUGCCAUUCCCUCAUUAUAGCAGGCGAAAGGCAGUUCGGGGAGAUUGUCGGCCCGCAGAAGAGGCGAUUAGUUGCCAGGCGACUAAAUCUCCCCGAAUCUGCCCGUGUGCCCCUGCCCUUAGAAGCGCAACACAACUUACUACUAUGUACAGGGGCAGUUGCUGUUACCAUUUCAUUACUGACUUUAACUGGGAAUAAUAUAAUUGUAUUGGGUUGUUUUAUCUAUGGAAAGUUCCUUUUGUUUCCAAAUACAAUUAGAGAUAAUGACCUAUUUAUCACUGUUUAUGUUGCAGGAGUAGAACAAUGUCGAGAAGAGAAUGUCGAUGUUUAAGAAUUAUCCGAAAUGUAUUUCGACGUAAAAACGAGGUUCAUCCUCUGAUCAUCGAUGAUACUAAGCCGAUGAACUACAACGUGCCGACCCCCGUGCACCUUUUCCAAGUGUCGCCGGUGAUGUGUCCAGAAGCACGGAUAGAGAAAGAUCAGAACGAAAAGGAGAUCGAAACAACGGUUAUAAUAGAAAAAACCGUAGAGGAAGAGAAAGUAGAAAUCGAGGUGCUUCUUCCCCACAAUAAAUAUUGCCCAUAUAUGAUUUAUAGAUAUGUGUAAAGUGUCUAUGAAACAUUUGAUUUUGCUCUAAACUCUUUUCUUUUCAACUUUAUUUUGUAGGAUUGUGAAAGCAGCUUUUCUGAGCCGAUUCAGAUGUUUCCAAGUUCUGUAGCGAUAUUGAUGGUCGUACAAGAAGCUGAAAACCGACUCGAAUACACUACAGAAAUCGCCCCUGCUGUUUCCUUACCUGCCGACUGUACUGAACUACUGGAGACACAUAAGAGUCGUCAGAUAGAAGGAAAAGUAAGUAUAUAUAGAAAAAGUAGAAUUGCUGGUUCUGCUCAUGUCACUUAUAAAACAUAUUUGUACAAAAGCAGUUGGGAAUCCCAGUCUGUCCUUCUGCCAAUGAGACCUUUCAGCUGAUCUUUAUAUAUUUCUCUUUCCAGGAUCUUAUAGAUGACUCAGAGAUCAGUACUUCAUUAGUGAUGGAACAUCUAGCAAAUGAUUCAGAUACAACAACAGGCAGUGUGAAUAUAUUAAAGAUUGAAUAUUCAUCAGAAGUCAGUGACAACACUUCGUAUGCGAUAUCCGAGGAUCUGUCUGAAGACUCAUAUACCAGACCAGGCAGUGUAAAUAUAUUAAAGAUCGAAAAUUCUUCAGAAGAAUCAUCAUAUUCAAAUCUACCAGAAAGCAGUGAAAAUACAUCAGAUUCCCUAUCCGAGGAUCUGUCGGAAGACUUGAAUAGAAGUGGAAGUAUCUCAGUGAGUAUAUUCUCUUUUACACAAUAGAAAGGCUUUGCUAUCAGACCAAGCGUCAGUAUCACCAUAAAGUAUGAGAAACCUGUCCUGGACCUAAUGAUCUAAUGUUCUAAUUAUGAUUAUGGUUCUAGUGAUACAGUUGUAACAACAUCAUUGUAAGAAGAUUAUUUAUAGAACAUUGUAACAGGACAGUUUGCUUUGCAUAAUAAACCUCAAUAUUCACAAAUGACUUUUUGCCACAAGGCAUCUGAAUUAAGUGUCUUUUUGCUUUUUAGGUUCCCUGGUCUCGUCCAAGUUCUUUCAUUAUUGCUCCUCCUGCCCAGACAGAGACAUUGGCAGAGAGAGCAGAGACUGGAGCUGCUUGUGCCUAUCAGAAGUGUCCUGGCUCAGUGUAAGUUAAACUGUUCCUGGUACCAAUACUCUAACAUAGAAGAAUAUUUACUGAUGUGACUAAACUUGACUUUUAUUUUCAUUCAGUGGUCAGACCUCUUUGAUCUCAACUGACGACUUCCAGUUCUGCCGAUGGCUUGGCAGCGGAUGCUUUGGACAGGUGAGUUACUCGUCCCUGGUUAACAUUAGGCUGUUAGUUGCCACUUGCAGAGAAAUAUAAUAUUCUCGCUCUCGUUACAGGUCUAUCAGGCAGAACACAAAAAAACGAAGAAGAUGUUUGCCAUCAAACGCGUCGACAAGAAUAAUUACCAUGAAAAUGGAAUAAUUGAAAGGUUGGUAGAGUUUUUUCUUUUAACAUGCAUGGACUGAUUUAUUAACAUCGGAGCUAAAUUGCACUGGAGCAGUUUCUCAUAAAGUAACCAAUCAGAUCUUUGUUUACAUUUUCUAACAUGUAGAAAACUAAUUAUCCUAUGCACAUUAAUUGCUAUGGGUGAAGACCUAUGUGAACUGUCCUGACAUGUUGGUUGGCUUCUGUUUCAGGCUUUUCCUGGAGAGAGACAUAUUGAGAUUGGCGAGGAACUCCAGGAACCCUUUCCUUGUGAGUCUGUUCUGCUCUUUCCAGAGUGAGCACCAUGCGUAUAUAGCCAUGGAAUUCGCCGCUGGAGGCAGUUUAGCGUCCCGGCUGAAGAACGAAGCUCUCCCCUAUGAAAGCACUUUGUAAGUAUCACUGGGUAACUUCCUGCAAUUUCUGUAUAUUCCCCAUCUACUGUGUGUGUGUGUCUAUAACAAGUGAUUAUGUGUUUAUUUCACAGAUUCUAUUCUGCGUGCAUCGUCCUGGGGAUCAAGUUCUUACACGAGAACCGUUAUGUCCACCGGUAAGUACUAGAGAGACAGGCAACCGGCUUGUAGCUCGGGAAAAAGAGACUAGGAGAAUAGAGGUUGAGUGAGGAGAGGAAGAAUAAUAGUACUGAGAGUGGGCCCCUGGUCUAAAGUUUUUGGGUGGGCCCCUGGUGUCCCAGGCCGACACUAAGGUAGCAGUCCCAGUGGGCCCAGGACCCCCAGUCCAACACUGGGGUUCACAGUAUAUCUGAGCAACUGGGUGUGCCAUUCAGCAGGGGAAAUGAUAUUGAUGGCCUUAACCUUAUGUUUCUUUACUUGCAGAGAUAUAAAGCCUGAAAAUAUCGUUCUGGACAGCGCUGGUUAUGCAAAAUUGGCAGAUUUUGGACUGUGCAGAGAUGGUAUUGAAUUCAGUUCUGUAAUGAGCUACCCAUGCGGAGAUUUUCGUUACGCAGCUCCUGAAAUUCUCAGAGAAGACCUCUAUAACAGAACAGUGGACUGGUGGGCUUUAGGUGUCACUAUGUAUGAAAUGGCUGUUGGGAAGUUGCCAUUCACCGGAGAAAUGGAGGAGUUAUGUGAAAAUGUUCUGAAUACAGAACCAGAAUAUCCAACCAACCUGGAUAACAGAACCGCUACAAUAAUAAGAGCACUCCUAGAGAAAGACCCCAAAUUCCGUCUGGGAUCAGUUAGAAACGAUGGGGAACAAUUGCAGAAAUUCUAUUACUUUGAGCCAAUAGACUGGAAAGCUCUGAGGGACAGGCAGUUGCAGGCGCCAUUUAUACCCAGCCAAGAUGUCCAGGCUGCAGAAGAAGAAGAGCAAAGUGAUUGUGGGGUUGUAACACCCACAGAUUGUAUGACACCACUUCCCUCAGACGUGCACAAGGCAUUCACAAAAUUUGAACAGCUGCCAGAAGACUUCUAAACUAAUAUAUAACAGUCAUAUAUAUAUAUUUGUAUUUAUAUUUUUAAUGU